AUGUCCAACCUCGCCGCUCGCUUCGCUGUGCCGAUCGGUCUCGGUGUCAUGGCCCUCCAGGCCAGUCUGUACGACGUACCUGGCGGAUACCGUGCCGUCAUGUUCGAUCGCUUCCAGGGUGUCAAGGACAAGGCGACCAACGAGGGUACCCACUUCCUUGUGCCGUGGCUGCAGCGCGCCAUCCUCUACGACGUCCGGGUCAAGCCCAGGAACAUCUCGACGACGACUGGCUCCAAGGAUCUGCAGAUGGUCUCGCUCACGCUGCGUGUCCUCUCGAGGCCCGACGUGCAGCACCUCUCUAAGAUCUACCAGUCGCUCGGCCAGGACUACGAUGAGCGUGUGCUGCCGUCGAUCGGCAACGAGGUUCUCAAGGCGACGGUGGCUCAGUUCGACGCUGCCGAGCUCAUCACGCAACGAGAGGUUGUCAGUGCCAGGAUCCGCGAGGACCUGCUCAAGCGCGCCAAGGAGUUCAACAUUGUGCUCGAGGACGUCUCGAUCACCCACAUGACGUUCGGCCAGGAUUUCACAAAGGCCGUUGAGCAGAAGCAGAUUGCGCAGCAGGAUGCCGAGCGGGCCAAGUUCAUCGUCGAAAAGGCCGAGCAGGAGCGACAGGCGUCGGUCAUCCGGGCCGAGGGUGAGGCCGAGGCGGCGCAGACGAUUUCGCGGGCACUCGAGAAGGCGGGCGACGGCCUGCUGACGAUCCGCAGGAUUGAGGCGUCCAAGGAGAUUGCCCAGACGCUGAGCGGCGCCAGGAACGUCACCUACCUGCCCCACGGCCAGAACAUGCUGCUCAACAUGCAGGCCUGA